UAGCUGUUGACGGACUGGGAGAAAAAGAAAAAUCCAAUUUUCCAAGGUUUAAUCUUUCUGAAGUUCCUUCAAAAAAAAAAAAAAAUCUUUUUGAAGUAAUUCACAAAAGCGAACAGCAAUGCAGAUCCAAAGCAGCAUGAACAAUCCAAGGCCCUCUGAUUGCAUUAUUGGGAUCGAAGAAGACUUGCUGAAGAUAAAGAAUGAGCUCUGUGGAGGAUCAUCCCAGCUUAGAGUAAUCCCCAUUGUUGGGAUGGGAGGCAUCGGGAAAACCACUCUUGCUAGGUAUGCUUACCACGACCCUCUGAGUGUUCAUCGCUUUGAUCUAUGCGUUUGGUUAACAAUAUCUCAAAGAUUUCAAUUAAGGGAAAUUCUUGUUAGUGCUCUGUGUUCACUCGAGAAUUUGGAUGAGGAAGCAUAUCAUUACGCAGACGAUGAGUUAUUGAAAGAAACUUUAUACAAAUGCUUGAAAGGGAGGAGAUAUCUCGUUGUGAUGGAUGAUAUGUGGGAUACGGAUGUGUGGGAUGAUCUACGGGGGAUCUUUCCCGAUGAUCGUAAUGGGAGUCGGAUUAUAGUAACUACGAGGGAGUUAAGCGUAGCUUCUUACAUCGACUCUUUACAUCCUCACCAAAUGCAGUUGAUGGCUGUGGAUCAAAGCUGGAGGUUGCUUAAGGAGAGGGUGUUUGGAAAUGGAGAUUGCCCUCUCGAAUUUGUGGAAAUUGGACAAGUUAUUGCACAGAACUGUCGAGGGCUUCCACUUGCAGUUGUUGUAAUAGCUGGAGUUCUCUCUUGUGAGGCUAAUUGGGAAGAGAUUGCUAGAAAUGUAUCUAAAGUUGUUCACACAAAUGAUGAAAAAUUUAUUGAGAUAUUGUCGUUGAGUUAUGAGUACUUGCCUGGUCGUCUAAGGCCUUGCUUUCUGUACAUGGGGUGUUUCCCAGAAGAUUAUGAGAUCAACGUGUCGAAACUGAUCAGGUUAUGGGUGGCGGAGGGGUUUCUGGCAUCAAAUGAAGCAAGAGAGAUGGAGGAGUUGGGAUAUGAGUAUUUGGAAGAGUUGGUAGCAAAAAGUCUUGUUUUGAUCAGUAAGAAAGGAUCUGAUGGCAAGAUCAGGACAGUGAAGAUCCAUGAUCUCGUGAGAGGCCUCUGUUUAAGGAAAUGUCGAGAUGAGAAUUUUCUGUGCACCAUUGAUGAGUUCUCCGGCAGCUUUCCUCAAGGCGUUGAGAAUUCAAACCGCCUGAGUGUGUUUUGUAAUGUCUCCGGUAGCAUUGAGAUGGUUUCAGCUAUGCAUACCCUCCUUCUUUUCAAGCAUUGGGCGUUCAUUUCUUGGAAAGAAUUUAGACUUCUUAAGGUGUUCGAUGCAUUAAGUGUGAUACUUGAACCAUCUGUUGAGGAUAUCAGUGAGCUAAUUCAUUUGAGAUACCUUGGUUUCAAAUGUCUACCUCUUACAAAGCGGCUGAUGAUUUGUUUGAAUUUCUUGUACCGGCUUCGCGAUCUUCAGACCUUAGUUGUGAGGAUUUCAAGUUUAGAUGUUGAAUCGUUAAAUAAGUCGUGUAUUGUAUUUGAAAUUUGGAGAAUGCCACAGUUGAGGCACGUUGUGCUGUUGAAUGGUUUCUUGCCCGACCCGCCUGCAGGGAGCUUGCCGUGUAUGGAAAACCUGCAUACACUCUCGCGUGUACAAGAUUUCAAGUGCUCGGAGAGAAUGUUGGAAAUGAUGUCGAACUUGAAGAAGUUGGGAAUCGUUUACUCAUAUGAAGGCACGUACGAGACGGGAUGGUCAGGAUAUGAACUGCACAAUCUUGUUCAUCUUCAUAGGCUUGAGAAGCUGAGUUUGUAUGCAGAGCCGUAUCCGAAAUUGAAGGAUGAUCUGUCUCAUAACAUUGCUUUCCCAGUAACACUGAGGAAGCUGAGCUUGAGUGGCUGCAGACUUCCAUGGGAGGAUAUGAGGAUGAUCGGAGUGCUGCCUAAUCUUCGAGUGCUCAAACUGAGACGACGAGCCUGCUUUGGAACGCAAUGGGAAACGAGGGAAGGGGAAUUCUGUCAACUGAAUGUGCUACUAAUUGACAGCACUGAUCUGCUUGAAUGGGUAACAGAGAGCUCUCAUUUUCCCCGGCUCGAGCGGCUAACUCUGUACGAAUGCGAUAAUCUGAGGGAGAUUCCAUGUGGUUUUGGAGAUAUACCAACGCUUGAGUUGAUUGAAGUUGAUAUCAAGAACACAACGAUGGUGGAAUCUGCAAAAUGUAUUGAAGAAGAACAACAGAGCUAUGGCAAUGAACAAUUGCAGGUUCGUUUCCUUAAGUCGCGUAGCUGGUCCUGGUCAGAUUUCAAUGAUAGUAGUGUGAAAGAGGUGGUUUUGGGUACAACUGGGCGUACCGUACAAUAGUUUUGCACCAUCACUUAAACCCUGACAUGCACUCUGACUCGAACUCGUAUCCUGAUCCGAACCAUAUAAAUAACACUAUUUUGGGUGCGGGUCAAACCGAUUGUACCUUAGUUUUUGUGCGUGUUGAAAUCCUUUUUCUCAACCAAAUCGUGAUUUCCUCAAUUCGAUGAUCUGUGUGCUUGUAUUUUCAUGCUCUUUUCUACAUAGAUUUUAAGAUUGUUUCAUUAUGAUCUACACCUUAUAUUUGGUAUCGUAUAUUACUCCAUCCGUUCACGAAGAUUGUAUGUUUAUUACUGCAUCCUCUAUGAAAAAUUGUUGCAAUUUCUUCUUUGAUCCA